GCUUUUGGAGGUACGUGGACGUUCUCAAAUACUCGAUGGAGUUUACAGAAGAAGGAGAGAGAAGAGAAGAGAGAGAAGAGAGAGGAGAGAGAGCCAUAAAACCAGGCCCAGUGGGGUUUUCUUUGUUUAUUUUUUAUUGCUCAGAGCAAAAGCAAACUGUUUGAGCCAAAUGCUAUUCUGGCCUCUCUCUCUUCCCCGGAUGCCCACCUCGAGCCUUCUUCUAUAACCGCCCCAAAUCCCCCAGCCGCGCUUUUUUUAUUCAUCAAUUCGCUCCGAUUUCACUGAGUCAUCACACACCCAACUCGGUCCCAAUCGAUCUUCAAUCAAUCUGAUCAGAGCAAUUUCGUUGCUGCUGUGAGUUCUGACGAUGAACAAGAGGCCACGAACAAGCAUCGGCAAGGCUGUCGUCAAUGUUUGGCAGCGCGAGGUCGGCGAGCUCUCGGCCAGAAAUUUUACCCACCGUGUUGGUGGCUCUGAGGAUCUUGUGCUUCGACUUGAACUCUACAGGAAGCUCGAAAAGCAUCGAGGAUGUGUGAACACUAUAAGCUUCAAUGCGGCUGGUGAUAUUCUGGUUUCAGGCUCUGAUGACAGGCGGGUCAUCCUAUGGAACUGGGAAACUGGGAAAGUUCAGCUUUCAUUCCAUUCAGGUCAUAAUAACAAUAUUUUCCAAGCAAAGAUCAUGCCUUAUACCGAUGAUAGAAGCAUUAUCACCUGUGCUGCUGAUGGGCAGGUGAGACAUGCUCAAAUUUCAGAUAAAGGACAAGUGAAAACUUCAUUGUUGGGCAAACAUCUGGGGCGCUCUCAUAAGUUGGCAAUUGAGCCUGGGAGCCCUCACAUUUUUUACACCUGUGGUGAAGAUGGAUUGGUGCAACAUUUUGAUCUGAGGACUGGGGCUGCCACAGAACUUGUCACAUGCCAACCUCUUGAUGGUAAAAGGAGUCACAUGCCAGCCAUCCAUCUAAAUGCAAUUGCAAUUGACCCAAGAAACCCAAAUUUCUUUGCAGUGGCAGGUUCUGACGAAUAUACUCGACUUUUUGAUAUCCGCAAGUAUAAAUGGGACGGAUCAUCUGAUUUUGGCCAACCUGCAAACUUCUUUUGCCCACCACACUUGAUUGGUGAUGGGCGAGUUGGAAUUACUGGAUUGGCCUUCUCAGAACAGAGCGAACUUCUUGUCUCAUACAAUGAUGAGAACAUCUAUCUUUUUGAACGAGGUAUGGGAUUGGGACCUAAUCCAGUUCCAACCUCUCCAGUUUCUAUGGGAAGUGAUGCAAGUGAAAUGAGUACUAAUCAUCAGAGUGAAGCAUCUCCAUCAACCAUGGCUAUUGAUGAAAGUUCUGCUCCUCAAGUUUACAAGGGUCAUAGGAACUGUGAGACCGUGAAAGGCGUGAACUUCUUUGGUCCUAAAUGUGAGUAUGUUGUGAGCGGGUCUGACUGUGCGCGGAUAUUCAUAUGGAAGAAAAAGGGUGGGGAGCUGAUUCGUGUUAUGGAAGCAGAUAAGCAUGUGGUAAAUUGCAUCGAGUCUCAUCCUCACACCACAGUUCUUGCAAGCAGCGGAAUCGAUAGUGACAUCAAGAUAUGGACUCCAAAGGCCAAUGAGAGAGCUACUCUGCCUCAGAACAUUGAGAAGAAACCCAGGGCUAGGGGAUGGAUGUACCGCCUAUCCUCACCCGAGGACUUGAUGUUGCAACUGUUUUCAUUGCAAAGGCAGAGGGUAAGCCCAGAGCGCGACGGCGAGAACUCAAAUGAUGGUCAGGAACUUCUAGAGCUAAUAAUGGCAUUCCAGCGCAACUCUGAUGAUUCUUCAGAGGAUGGAGGAGACACCUCCAGUCAGGAUGAUUUGUUUUGUUGAGUUAUGAAGCCUAUGAAUAAUUGUACAUAAUUAGGAUGAAGUUGUACUUUUUGGAGAAUUUUCCUGUUUACUUGUUAACUUAUACAUCGUGUUGUUUUCUAUACAUUCGUGUUUUCUUUUUCUUGUAUUUUCGCUUUCUGCUUAAAUUAGGGUGAAAAGAAGACUGGAAAUGAUAGAACAGUUUAAAUCA